AUGCAGUUCCUUGUGCUUCUCUGCGCUGCCUCUGCCCUCUCCCAGGGCGUCACCAAGCUGCCCUUGGAAAGGGGGAAGAAGCUGAGAGAGGUCCUCAGGGAGAAGGGUUUGCUGCACCGCUUCUUCCAGCGUCACCGCUACGACAUCGGCACCAAGUUCCUCCAUGCUUUCCCCAACAAGCUCCAGGUUUGGUUUCAUGCCUUAAAAGCAACCCUUGCUCCUGCUGCCCCGCAGAUGGAGUACUACGGGACCAUCUCCAUCGGCACCCCACCGCAGGACUUCACCGUGGUCUUCGACACCGGCUCCUCCAACCUCUGGGUUCCCUCCAUCUCCUGCACCAGCCUGGCUUGCCAAAACCAUCAGAUGUUUAACCCAUCGCAGUCCUCCACCUACAAAAGCACAGGGCAGAACCUGUCUAUUCAUUAUGGCACGGGUGACAUGGAGGGCAUCGUGGGCUCCGACACCGUCACUGUUGCAUCUCUGGUGGACACCAACCAGCUCUUUGGCUUGAGCACCACCGAGCCUGGCCAAUUCUUUGUCCAUGUCAAAUUUGAUGGGAUCCUGGGCUUGGGCUACCCAAAUCUGGCUGCUGAUGGGAUCACACCAGUGUUCGACAACAUGGUGAAUGCGAGCUUGCUGAAGGAGAACCUCUUCUCAGUCUAUCUGUCCCGCGAGACAACAGGGAGUGUGGUCAUCUUCGGGGGAAUCGAUGAGUCUUAUUUCACCGGUUCCAUCAACUGGGUCUCCGUCUCUUACCAAGGUUACUGGCAGAUCUCCAUGGACAGCAUCAUCGUGAACAGCCAGGUGAUUGCAUGCAGUGGUGGCUGCCAAGCCGUCGUCGACACCGGCACUUCCCUUGUGGCUGGGCCACCCUCGGGCAUUAGUAACAUCCAGAGCGCAGUUGGGGCCAGGCAGGACACACAUGGGGAGUACAACGUGAACUGCAGCUCCAUUUCUGCCAUGCCUGAUGUCAUCUUUGUCAUCGAUGGGGUUCAGUACCCUGUGUCCGCCUUGGCUUACACUGAGCAGAACAACAAAGGACCUUGCAUCAGCAGCUUCCAGAACACCUCUGGGGACCUCUGGAUCUUGGGAGAUGUCUUCAUCAGGGUGUACUACAGCAUCUUUGACCGGGCCAACAACCGCGUUGGACUGGCCAAAGCUAUUUAG